AUGGAGUCUGAGAGUGCAAGGCAUGUUCUUGUUUCUUGUACUUUUGCUCAGUCUUGUUGGGACCUGAUUGGAGGUAAUGGAGAUUCAAACUAUACAGGCGAUUUUCUUGCAUGGAUAACAAAUGUUCUUGAUACUUGGGAGAUUGAAAAGAAGUGUACAGGAGUCCUGCUAUGUUGGUCUAUAUGGAAAUGUAGAAAUGAUUUAGUUUGGUCGCAGAAGGGUAUGGAAGCUAGGGAGGUAGUAGAGUCGGCUAGAGUGGUUCUUAGUCAGUGGCGUGAUGCUCAGGAUAAAACUUUCAACCGAUCGUGGGGAUUGCUAGAACCUCAUGAUGGGGACGAGCACUGGACACUUCCAGAGUUUAAUAAGACUAAGGUAAAUACCGACGCUGCCAUUUUUCUUGCAUCUUCAUGCUAUGCUUUUGCGUUUAUAGCCAGAAAUCAUCAAGGAGAUUUAGUGGAGGCUAGAUCGAGCUGUAAACCAGGAACCGUGGCGCCAGAAUUUGCAGAAGCAGUUGGGAUACGUGAGGCACUGAGUUGGAUAAAGUCCAAGCAUAUGGUCGAUGUUGCUGUGGAAACAGAUUGUUUGGUUGCUGUGCAGGCCAUUAGAGGUGCAACAGCCCUGUUUUCAUAUUUCGGGAAAGUUAUCGAAGAAUGCAGAGCUCUGUUGAAAGAGCUUAAAGGCAAAGGAGUUAUCCUUAAGUUUGUUAAGCGAUCUGCGAAUGGUGCAGCUCACUCUUUAGCGAGUUGUAGUUAUUCAAUAGCUGACCGCGUUUGGAAAGCAAAUGAAGCUUGUCCAGAUUUGAUUCAUGUACUUGCAAACGAUUUGAAGUAA